UUGUGCAUGUAGCAGAGCUAAGUCUUCAUUCAGUCCAGCUGCACUUAAGGUAAUAAUCACAUACCCUGCGUGUGUGUCAGUAAGGAAGAUUUUCUAUCAUCUCCUUUGUGUUUUUAUCAAAUUACAACAGCACAAUUACAUUUUAACAUCAUAAGUUUAUUAUCAUUGAACCAUGAAUUAACCAGAACUUGACAUUUCAUUUCGUCUACGAGACAGAACUAAAAUAACUGUCCGGUGGAAACAUCACAUUUCCUGUGUCAGAGAUACGUGUGUGUGUGCUAUAUGGGGAAUCAUGAAAGCAGCUAUGCACAAAUGUGUGAAUGUGCGCGCACACCCUUGCUGUUUGUGUGAAAACCUUUUAUAUCCUCUAAGUCACUGACAAAAACAUCUUUAUUUUUAUGCUUCAUAAAUACGUUUCUAUAGUUUAUCUGAAGGGUUUCAUAAUUCCAAUGACCGAACCACUGAAUGCCUGAAUUUAAGUCAAGUUUAGGUCAAGUGAGGUUCUUCAACUAACAGUAACAAAGGCGUUUAAGUGUGCAUCUGUGUCAGUUUAUCCAGCUGCAACUUCCUGGUUUGAAGGCUGCUCAAGUCAAAGACGAACAAGCAGACAGAGAAACCUGGUCAGGUUCAGUAACGUUUUCAGUUUUUCAAAAUGCCUGCAAGUGUUCCUGCUGCACCAGAUUCGAAGUUGAAUGUGAGAUAUACCCGAAAAGUUCAAGAGAACAGAGGAGCGGGAGAGGACAACCAGGUGGAGAUCUUAGAGGAUCAAGAGCAUCGCGCUGAUCUUGGGUCACAAAAAGCCAGACCACACACUCCAAAGGAUCCUGUCAGAAGGUGUUUUACUGCAGCGACUCUGGGAGUGAUGUAUCUCCUGAUAUUGGCUGGAGUCUUCAUACGCUAUAUGUCAGUCACUUUGGAAAAAGACGAGCUGCAGACCAGAUACGACAGACUGAGCGACAGCUGCAGCCAGCUCCAGGGAAAGAUUUCAGACAUGGCAGUCAACAACAGCCAGUUACAGAGGAGUUACGAAACACUGAGUACAAAUCACAGCCAGUUACGGGAUGAAGUGAAGCAGCUGAAGGACAAAAUUGAAGGGAAGCGGUGUCCUGAAGGAUGGACGAGAUUUAGACGCAGCUGUUACUUUAAAUCCAAUGAGAAGAAAAGUUGGCCUGACAGCAGAUCUGACUGUCGGAACAAAGGAGCAGAUCUGGUGACCAUAAACAACGAAGAGGAACGGGUGAGUGUGUUUGUUACUGAGUGUGGGAUCUUAGACGUAUCUGCCAGUGAUCGGUCACGUGUGUUUCUGACCUGCUGCCAGUCUGCUUCCUGUCUCGACCCUGUCACAUUUAUUUGUCCGUUUGGUCUGCCUUCAGCUCCCGACCUAACUUUGUCAAAGAGCUGAAGGUGAAUGGAGAGUCCUGGAUUGGUCUACGGAAAAUAUAUACACAAACAGGACGGGCAUGGGUAUGGGUAUGGGUAUGGGUGGAUGGAUCACCGCUGACAGAAACGUGAGACAUUUUAAAGGUUUUUUGUUUCAUCACAAUUCCAUUUGUCACUAAAAUAAGUUUUAAAAAGUAGAAUAAAAGCAAAUGAAAAAAUAAACAAUUUCAUCAAUACAGAUUAUAUCAAUUUACAAAGCUGAAUUAUGGGUUAAAAGAGUUAUUAAUAUUUGUAUUAAUUGCAGAUAAUAUGAAUAUCUGAAGUGAAAUCCAAAAGUUUACUUCAAAUUGAAAAUAAUCAGGAGUGACAUCAUUUUAUUUGUCCUACAGGUUCUGGGCAACAGGAUCGCCAGACCAGCGCUGGGACCAGUACCAGUACGCUGCAGCAUACUGCAAUCAACAAGGACGAUGGACACAAAGCAAUUAUUAUUCUGAUCUUAAGAACUGGAUCUGUGAGAAACAGAUGUCCUGCA